GCCGCGGAGCCGCGGAGAGGAGAGGAGAGGAGGAGCGCAGCGGCACAUGCGGUCUAUGGGAACUAACCCUCUGACCGAUGGAAAUAAUGACCGCUGGCAUGCGUCAGGUGAGUGCACACAGGCUCCUGAAGGACAUGAGCGCUGUGUCGGCAGUGAUGGGGCCCCGGGGCCGCUGCAGGGGACAUGGGCACAUGCCACGCCACUGAAAGCCACCAGGGUUCGGUCUUCACGGCAGCGCGCAGCAGAACAUCGGCUUGCAGGCUCUCGGCCGGCGCUCCAGGUCGCUGUGUCUGAUGAAGAUGUCUGAUUCUGUCGGAGAGGACGAACGCCAGCUCAACGUGCCACAGAGCCGCCGCAUGCACGAGGAGAACUGCAGCGACGACAGCACUGAGACGCAGCGGCAAACUCUUGGACCGGGCGAUGAAAGACCCAAGUCGAACGCAAAGGUAAAGCUAGUUCGGAGCCUGGCUGUUUGUGAAGAUCCCUGUCCUUCCACGAUUACCACACAGCUGCCUCAAGAUCAGCAGGAUGGAGAUCAUAUUAAACUCUCACAGACGUUUGAUAAAGAAGAAUGGCCUCUUACUGCAGACGCGGAUGAAGCAGACAGAAGUGCCGAGAAAGUGCCACGCAAGAUGCUGUCCAGAGUUGCAUGA